AUGGAAGUUAAAGAUAAAAAUGUGUGUUUGUUAUGUAAUACUUCGGUCUCCGUUGCUAAAAAAGGAAAUAUUGAGAGACAUCAUAAAACUGUACAUUCUAAUUUUGAAAAAUCAUUCCCACUACAUUAUGCCGCCAGAAAGGAGAAACUGAAACAGUCAAAAAAACAGUUAAUUGGACAACAAUCAAUAUUUUUAAGAACAGUCGAUAAAAAUAAGGCUGCAACUGAAGCAUCGUACCGUGUGUCCCAGAUAAUUGCACAAAAAAAGAAACCUUAUGAAGACGGGGAAAUGAUAAAACAGGCGUUUUUAGAAGCUGCUGAUUCGUUAUUUGCCAACUUUAGAAAUAAAGACGAGAUAGUUUCAGCUAUAAAAUCUAUGCAACUUUCUGCUAAUACAGUGAUGAGACGUGUAGAAGUAAUGAGCAAUGAUAUUUUUUUACAGUUAAGAACUGACUUAGAUAACUGUGUUUAUUUUUCACUUCAACUGGAUGAAUCAACAGAUGUUGUUGACACUGCCCAGAUGGCCGUGUUCGUCAGGAUGGUUUUUAGUGAUUUUACGAUUAAAGAAGAUCUUUUGAAGUUCAUUCCACUGAAAGGACACACUACUGGACAGGAGUUGUUUUCUCAUUUAAAAAAUAUUAUUUCUUCCGAGAAAAUUCCAAUAUCGAAAAUGGUAAGCUUGACAACCGAUGGCGCUCCAGCUAUGGUGGGUUGUGAUAAGGGUCUGGUGGCGUUAUGUCGUAAAGAUGAAACUUUUCCGCAAUUUCUCUGUUACCACUGCAUUAUCCAUCAGCAAGCAUUAUGUGGAAAUUUCCUGAAACUAAACAAGGUUAUGAGACUGGUGGUAAAAAUUGUGAACAAGAUUAGAGCUCAAGCGUUACAAAGAAGAUUAUUCAGAACCUUGGCCGAUGAAGUUGACUGUCAAUACGGGGACCUACUCCUUCACUCUGAAGUCCGAUGGUUAAGUAGAGGACGGGUGCUGAAACGUUUUAAUGAUGUCCUAUCUGGCAUAGUUCAAUUUUUCAAACAACGCGAUGAACCGACUCUGGAACUAGAAAAUUCAAUCUGGCUUAGAGAUUUUGGUUUUCUCGUGGGCAUUACAGAGAAAUUAAACGAACUUAAUUUGCAGCUUCAGGGGAGAGACAAAGAACUAGCGGAAAUGAUUUCUGAUAUAAAAGCAUUUAUCAAAAAGCUGGAGUUUUGGGAACAAAACCUAAUUAACAGCGAUUCCAAGCAUUUUCCUAUUCUUUCAGAAAAAAUAUCUCAAAAUCCAUUAGAACCCUAUGAUAACAAAUAUCAUGAUUUCAAUGAAAUGGCUUUAGUAGCGCAGUUUGUUGUUUCACCCUUUAUGGAAAUUGAUAUCCAACAGUUUGCAGCUUGUGUUAUGCAGAACUUUGGCGAAGACAUCGCUGCAACAGAAAUGGAAAUCAUUGAGUUUCAAAAUGAUUUAGCCUUAAAAUCGUUAGUCUCAAGUACUGAAUGUAUCUGGCCUAUUGUAAGUAAAGACAAAUAUUCAGUUCUAUGCCGUGUUGCCUUGGAAGUGAAAGCAUUAUUCAGUUCAACCUAUUUGUGUGAAUCUUCUUUUUCCAAUAUGAAGUUUAUUAAGAACAAAUAUCGCAAUCGACUUACAGAUGAACAUUUGGAUAAUUGUAUUCGAAUGGCUGCAUCAAAUUAUACUGCAAACAUUAAAAAAAUUAUCGAUGAGUCUGAGUGUCAGCCUUCUCAUUGA